UUGAUCGAUCUCGGGCAAAAUCUCUUCUAAAAGGUGAUAAAACACAAUUAUUAUUGUAGUUUUUCUCUUGAAAUGCUAGUGAAAAAGCAUAAUUGACGAAGUGGGAUUUGAAUAUUUACAGAAGUGCAACGAAAAUCGCGUAAAAUGUGGAAAAUUCUCAUCAUUUCCCUAUUUGGCAUAUUUUUCUCUGCAUCCGGAAGCUUGAAUCUGGACCCCAUUUUCGUGUCAGAACUUUUUUCCCUCCGAAUUGAUGCGACUUAUUUCAACUGGAGCACAACUUUGGCACCCAAUCAGUAUGUUUUCCGACCGUCUCUUGAGGGAUAUCCCGAUUUGCCAUCCUGGAUGCGAUAUAUGUACAGUCAAGAGCAUCGAGCAGGAUUCUUGUACGGCACUCCGCCGGACAGAUUGGCUGGGAAGGAAGUGAGACUGGAGAUUGUUGGCCUGAACAAGCACACAUAUGAGACUCGUCAGAUAAUCCUCUCUCUUUGGAUGACGGGAAAAAUAGCAGCCCGAAAUGUUGUUCAGAUGAAGAUUGACAAUCUCGAUUGGGUGCACCUCAUGGAUCCAGGGAGGAUUGAGAAUCUGAAGAAUAUCUACCAGAAGGAUUUGUGGCCAGAGAGUUCUAAGGAUCUGCACAUUGUCUUCAUGGAAGCCGCCACAAAGAUGGGGGCUCGUCUUCCAGUGCUGCCUCAACUCCAUGAGGGCGUAAUUGUGCACCUGGGCAGCAAUGCUGUGUUCUCCGAGAGACUCCUGGAGCUCCAGGAGGAAGUGAAACCUCUGUACAAAAUUUCUACCUGCAAUUACAAGAGGACUUCUGUGCAGACAAUUUUUGAGAAUGGAGGAUUUCGAUUGGAUUGGUGCGCCUUUCGAAUUGUUGGUGAUGAUUCUGGAGCUGAGGAUAGUAUGAAAAAUACUCAAGGAAUUGGAUUAGAUCGUGGUCAGGACAGAUGGCUGGGAAUCAGUCGCUCAGAUGCACCGCAGAGAAACUAUAUUGAUGAAUUCACAUUCGCAGUGGCUAUUCCUGGAAUGAUCCUGGCAAUACUCGUGGCUUUUCUCUCCUGCAUUCUCUGCUUCCAGCACAAAACCAUAGAUGAUCCUCAUUCUGAUUAUUUCUUUGAAACAAUCUUUCAUCUGUGCAAAGAAUUCAGAGAGAUGAAAAAAAAUCCAACUGUUCCCAUUGUGAAAUUAACGCAGGAUUCAGCCAAUUAUCCCACUACAACUCUCUUGAAGAGUCUCAAGGAUGCGCCGAACUUGAAUGCUGAGAAUUUGAGUCUUCAUUCACAAAGUCCUAAUCAUGGCCAGGAAGCUAUCACUGACUCCAAUGUGAAUGUUUAUAUGCGCCCAAAGCCGCCUCCAUACAAGCGGAAUGGUGUUCAUAUAUGACAAUCAGCUCCUCGAGUGCUCUUUUGCUGAAGAGACAUUUAUCAUGAAGCGCAUCUGUAGUGAGAAUGUAGCCAGAAUAUUACUUUCAUGAGCUAUUACCGUGGAAAAUCAUUAAAUCAUUAAGUUUACUUUAUGUAGAGAACGGCAAAAGUGUAGACAUCGCAUGAGUUCGUUAUAUUAAACUCCGUGCCAUAAAA